CAAGAUACAAUGUUAAGUUUGUUUUGUUUUUGGUUUUUAUUCUUUGGUCUAUAAAUAAUGGGUUAAAAGUGGUGAAUUAGUGGAUGUGUUGGGGUUUGGGGGAGGUAAGAUUCUUUUGAACACAUUAGGUGAGUAGGGUCUAGUCCAGGGGCCUACUUACUGUGAUUAGCCCAAGCAACUUCAAUGUGAAUUAUUGCUUACUUUUGUUGAUGGUAAAAAGAUGAAACCAGCUCCAUUUUAAUACAAGUUAGAUAUACUGAGACAAUUGAGAUAUAAAGAGAGAGAGAGGAGAGAGCAUUUAUUAGGUGUGCUGGGUGGAGACAGUUUGUUAGGUAACACACUGAGAAGUCAUGGUUGUGUCUAGGAGAGGUAAAUAUGUACAAAAGUAGAGAAAUUUGAUUGAUUUUUGUAGUUACUGUGCUUGAAAUCUGUGAAUUGAUUGUGGAUGUUUGUGUUUGGAGAUUGAUUGAUUUCUGCAAGAAACUUUACUGGGUUAUAAAGAGACCUUUGUUUAGUAGAUGCUUCUUUUACUUGGUUUAGUUUAGGUUUGCCUGGUAUUUUGUCUGAGUUCUCUGAGCUGGGGAGUUCAGGGCUUUCGGAGGCAUCAAGAGGAAUUACUUUGUAAGAUUGGGAAACAAGCAGAUCGGAUUUUGUUCUCUUAAAGCGAAUAAAGAUUAGCUCUGAUAAUUCAGAAAAACAGAGGUGGCUGGCACUUAGAAUCAUCAAGAUUUGAAGGAUCUGGUGUCCCAUUGCUUGUUGAUUUCAUGAAGUUCUCCGGGCCUGACAAGUAUUCUUUGUGAAGUGAUUCUAUAAGUUCUGACUCACUGAUGGAGUGGAAUGGCAAACCCCACUUACAGUGGGACUGGGAGAGCCUGAUAAUGUUCAAUGGAAUAACAACUGAAAAUUCUAAGCAGUUAAGCCCAACAGAUUUGGAAACUGAUGGAGAAAAAGGAACCGACUCUGGGUUUUUCUAUUCAUCUGGGAGUGCAAGCAGAAGCGGUGGUUCUAGCUCUGAUUUGGAACUUGCUUCUUUCUCAAAGUGCUCGAAGUCAGCUUCCAUCAAUUCUUCAUCAGCUGGGGAAGUUAAAACAUCCAAAUUCACUUUGGAGGCCUCUAAAGCAAAUCCAUCUGAUUACAAUAAGAAAGAAAUUGGAAAGGCUAAGACAGCUAGUAUGUCUUCCACAAUUGAGGCUGCAGGUGGUUCAGGUGACCAGCUGCUUGGUUUGAAGCUUGGUAAACGAAUAUACUUUGAAGAUGCUUGUGCUGGCAACAAUGUUCAGUCGUCAUCAUUUUCUACAGUUCCUGUGCCCUCUUUUACUUCAGCAAAGAAAUUGAAGUCCACUAUUCAGAGUCAGCGUGCUCCAUGCUGUCAAGUGGAAGGCUGUAACCUUGACCUCUCAUCAGCUAAAGAUUAUCAUCGCAAACAUAGAGUUUGUGAAAGCCAUUCAAAGUGCCAGAAGGUCAUUGUAGCUGGUUUGGAACGCAGGUUUUGCCAGCAGUGUAGCAGGUUCCAUGGCCUGUCAGAGUUCGAUGAAAAGAAGAAAAGCUGUCGCAGGCGACUUUCUGAUCACAAUGCAAGACGCCGCAAACAACCAGGAUCGGUCCAUUUAAAUUCAAGAGUGUCUUCAUCAUUAUAUGAUGAAAGGCAACAGAUGAGUCUUGCUUGGGACAGGGCACCACUUGUUCAUGCCAGGCCUAAUGCAAAUUUGACGUGGGAAGGCACAUACAUCUCCAAGUUCACAAUAACAAAAGAUUAUAUAGCAAAGCCUGCAGAAAUAGGUGGUAAUGAUGGGCAGUUUCACUUGCCUGGCUUUGAUCUGACAAAUGGCAUUGAUAUUCAGCACCAUCAUAAGUCUAAUAGCUCCUUACCAUCUAAAGGUUUGGAAGAAUACAUCAUUCCUUCCAAAGCGGAAGCAGCACCAGAAUCUCAUCGUGCUCUCUCUCUUCUGUCAAACAAUUCAUGGGGUUCACGUGAGCCGCAAUCUAUUUCAUUUGAACAACCCGUGCAUACAAAUCACACCACUCAGUCUGUGCUGCAAGUUAUACCCCAAAACUCACCACUUGCUUCAUCAGAGUAUUGGAGGACUGAGCAACCGUCAACUGACUCUCAAGUGCAUACCUUGACGUCUCACUGAUGGUAGCAGUUACUUUCAAGAGUUUCAGCUGUUAAGAACAUCAAAAGGGAAUGACUUCAAUUCCAUCCAGAUGAACUUACUGCUGAAGCGAUUUAUCAUUUUCAUCUUAACAAAUUAAGUGAAGGCACUGGACCAUCCUGUAGCAUACUGUUAGGAUUCAGAUCAUGGUGAUUCGAAGUUCUCCUAAAACACCAUUUGGACUGGUUAAUGAUGGAUCACUGAUUUGAAAGUUAUCUGUAUCUGUUAUUAAAUUUCUAGGAACCUAGAACUUAAUAUUGCAACUUUUGAAGCAUCUUUUGAAAACCUAGGGAUCUGAGCUAUCAAUUUUCUUGUUCCUUCCAUUCGAUGCCCAUGGUAAAGCUCGUCUUCGCUUCUCUUGUGCUGUAAUAUACUGAAAAUAGUAGUACUUAAAUGCAGGUCUGAAUGAUCUUUCAGCCCUUAUAUGGCUCUGAUGUGAACUAUGAGCAUGAGCUGUUUGAAAAUUUGGUGUCAUUACUGAA